UGUUCCAUCUCCUGGAGAUUCCAAGUGUCUCUUCAGCAGCCUCUGUCACCCUGUGACCUGCAGGUACUGGAGAUCUGUCGGGAGGACACCAGGACAUCACCGGAGCUGGGAAAUGCCUCUUGUUGGAUUGCAUUCCUGUCAGUCAAAGUCAGAGAGGUGUGCUCUUAGGCCCUAUCCAAUCAGAAAUGAUCCAAUAUGAAGUGUCCAAUCAGAUGCACAGACAGAAAGAAGAAGGUGGCACCGGGGAUUCUGAGCAGCGUUUGUCUCUCGAGCUGGGGGUUCCUCUUCGGCUGUUCCAUCUCCUGGAGAUCCCAAGUGUCUCUGCAGCAUCCUGUGUCACCCUGUGACCUGCAGGGAAUGUUGACAUUCAAGGACGUGUCUAUUGAAUUCUCUAUGGAGGAGUGGGCCUUCUUGGACCCUGCUCAGCAGGAUUUGUAUCGAGAAGUCAUGUUAGAGACCUACAGAAACCUGGUCUUCCUGGGUCUUGCUGUCUCUAAGCCAGACCUCAUUACCUGUCUGGAGCAAAGCAAAGAACCCUGGAAGCUGAAGACUCAGCAGACAUUGCUCAAGCACCCAGCCCUAUCUAAUCAUUCAACCAAAGACAGUUUGCAAGAGCUGAGCACAAAUAUUUUAUUUCCAGAGAUGAUCCUGAGCAAAUGUGAAAGCUGUGGCCCUGAGAAUUUGAACUUUACAAAAGAUUGCGAAGGUGUGUAUGAGUAUGAUCAGCAGAAACUAUGUUACAGUGGACUUGACCAAUGUUUAACAGCUACCCAUGGCAAAGUCUUCCAAUGUAGUAAAUGUAUGAAUGUCUUCAGACAGUUGUCAAAUCUAAAUAGACACAAGAUGAUAUAUAACUUAGAAAAAAAUUUUAAAUGUAAAAAGUAUGGGAAAGCAUCUAAGUUCUCACACAUCACAGAACAUAAGAUAACAAAUACUGGAGAAAAACAAUACAAAUGCAAAGAAGUUAGCCAAGUCUUCCAAUCUUCCUCAAGACUCCAUACUGGAAAGAAACUCAACAAGAACGAAAAUGAUGGCAAAUGUCUUAACCACAGAUCAAAGUAUUGUAAACAUAACAUUUUGAGUACAGGAGAAAAACCUUACAAAUGUAAAAAAUGUGACAAACUUACCAAGAAGUACUCUCACAUUUAUGGCCAUAAUAGAAUUCAUUUCAGAGAGAAACUCUAUAAAUGUCAAGACUGUGGCAGAGUCUUUAAACAUUACUCAAGCCUUUCUGUACAUAAAGUACUUCAUUCUGGAGGGAAACUAUACAAAUGUGAACAAUGUGGAAAAGAUUUUAUCAGGCAGGCACUCCUCUCUAGACGUCAAAGAAUUUAUUCGGGAGAGAAAGCUAACUCAAGCCCCUCUGUAUGUCAAAGAAUUCACUCUGGACAGAAACUCUACAAACAUCAAGAAUAUGCCAGAACUUUUAAUACUAUUUCAUCCUUUACUAAACAUAAAUGUAUUCACUCUGGAGAGAAACCCUACAAAUAUAAAGAAAGUGGUAAAGCCUUUAACAGGCACUCAAACCUUUCUGUACAUCAAAGAAUUCACUCUGGAGAGAAACCCUACAAAUGUCAGGAAUGUGGCAAAGCCUUUAACCGGCACACACACCUUUGUAGACAUCAAAGAAUUCACUCAGGAGAGAAACCCUACAAAUGUCAAGACUGUGGGAAAACCUUUAACCAGUACUCACACCUUUCUGUACAUCAAAGAAUUCAUUCUGGAGAGAAACCCUACAAAUGUCAAGAAUGUGGCAAAGCCUUUAACAGGCACUCACACCUAUCUGAACAUCGAAGAAUUCAUUCUGGAGACAAACCCUACAAAUGUCAAGAAUGUGGAAAAUCCUUUAACCAGAACUCACACCUUUCUGCACAUCAAAGAAUUCAUUCUGGAGAGAAACCCUAUAAAUGUCAAGAAUGUGGCAAAGCCUUUAACCGGUGCUCAGACCUUUUUAUACAUCAAAGAAUUCACUCUGGGGUGAAACCCUACAAAUGUCAAGAGUGUGGCAAAACCUUUAAUGUUAGUUCAUCCCUUACUAGACAUCAAAGAAUUCACUCUGGAGAGAAACCCUACAAAUGUCAAGAGUGUGGCAAAACCUUUACCCGGCAAUCAAGCCUUUCUGUACAUCAAAGAAUUCACUCUGGAGAGAAACCCUACAAAUGUCAAGAAUGUGGAAAAUCCUUUAACCAGCACUCACACCUUUCUGCACAUCAAAGAAUUCAUUCUGGAGAGAAACCUUACAAAUGUCAAGAAUGUGGCAAAACAUUUACCCAGCGCUCAGGUCUUUCUGUACAUCAAAGAAGUCACUCUGGAGAGAAACCCUACAAAUGUCAAGAAUGUGGCAAAGCCUUUAAUGUUAGUUUAUCCCUUACUAGACAUCAAAAAAUUCACUCUGGAGAGAAACUACAAAUUUCAGGAAUGUGGAAAAGCCUUUAACCCAUACUCAAACCUUUCGGUACAUCAACAAAUUCAUUCUGGAGAGAAACCCUACAAAUGUCAAGAAUGUGGAAAAGCUUUUACUUGGCACUCACACCUUUCUAUAC